AUGGCUCCGUGCCGCAGGGGCCGCGACGGGCGGGAGCUUUGGCUCUUUCUGUCCGGAUUCCUGCUCCUGUCCGUCUGGGGCUUUCAAUCCGCCACAGCCAAGGUUUGCAACGACUACACGCGGCACAGUGCGGACACAGCUUGGUCCGCCAAGGACGUGCCUAUUAUGGUGUUGAUGCCCAUGAACGAGUCUGCACUGAUGAGCAGUAUCAGUCAGGGAAUCGAACCCGCCGUGCAGCUCGCCAUCAGGCACAUACGUGAAUCCCAGCAGUACUCUUUCUCUCUCAUCACCAAAAUCUACGACACUGAGUGUGACAAUGCAAAGGGAUUACGGGCCUUUUUUGAUGCAAUCUGCUACGGCCCCAAACAUUUAAUGAUCUUCGGUGGAGUGUGUCCAUCAGUGACGUCAAUCAUCGCUGAAUCAUUAGAGGGCUGGAACCUGGUACAGUUAUCUUUUGCGGCAACAACGCCAGUUCUGGCAGAUAAGAAGAAGUACCCUAAUUUUUUUCGGACAGUUCCUUCAGACAAUGCAGUGAAUCCAGCUGUGGUAAAAUUUCUCAACUACUACAACUGGAGUAGAGUAGGCACAUUAACACAGGAUGUGCAGAGGUUCUCUGAGGUGCGCAAUGAUUUGACCAAUGAGCUCGAGAAGGCAGAUAUCCAGAUAGCAGACACAGAGAGUUUUUCUAAUGAUCCAUGUGUUAAUGUUAAGAAACUGAAGGAUAAUGAUGUAAGGAUCAUCAUUGGCCAGUUUGAUGAGAACCUGGCAUCCAAAGUCUUCUGUUGUGCCUAUAAUCUGAACAUGUAUGGCAGUAAGUACCAGUGGAUCAUACCAGGAUGGUACCAAGGCAACUGGUGGGAGCAAGCCAACUCUACCAACUGCACCACUAAGAAACUUUUAACUGCGAUGGAGGGGUACAUCAGUGUUGACUUUGAGCCUCUCAGUGCCAAACAGAUUAAGGGAAUCUCAGGAAGGACACCCCAGGAGUAUGAGAGAGAGUACAACAGGGAGAGGGAGCAGAAAGGAGUAGAGACCAGCAAAUUCCAUGGCUUUGCCUACGAUGGGAUCUGGGUGAUUGCUAAAACACUAAGUCGUGUCAUGGAACUGCUUCAUCACAGACAGAGGCAUGACAUUUACCAUAACAUGACCAUGGAUGAUCAGGAAGUGGGCAAGCUUGUGCUGGACGUGAUGAAUGAAACCAACUUUUUUGGAGUGACGGGUCAGGUCAUGUUCAGGAAUGGAGAACGCAUGGGAACCAUCAGAUUUACCCAGUUUCAAGAGGGUCAAGAAGUAAAGGUUGGAGAAUACAAUGCUGUUGCAGAUGUUCUGGACCUUAUCAACAACACAAUCAAGUUCCAGGGUGUGGAGCCUCCAAAGGAUCGGACAUUCAUGCGACUUGAGCGGCGACACAUCAAUGUCCCACUGUACAGCAUCCUGUCUACCAUCACCAUACUUGGCAUGGUCAUGGCUAGCGCGUUCCUCUUCUUUAACAUUAAAAACCGCAACCACAGACUAAUAAAAAUGUCAAGUCCUUACAUGAACAACCUGAUCAUCCUUGGAGGCAUGCUCUCCUAUGCUUCCAUCUUCCUCUUCGGUCUGGACGGCUCCUUCGUCUCAGACAAAGUUUUUGAAACCUUGUGCACAGUUCGCACUUGGAUUCUUAUUGUGGGUUACACGACAGCGUUUGGAGCCAUGUUUGCCAAGACCUGGAGAGUGCAUGCCAUUUUCAAAAAUGUAAAGAUGAAGAAGAAGAUUAUCAAGGACCAGAAGCUGCUGAUCAUUGUGGGGGGGAUGCUGUUAAUUGAUCUAUGCAUUCUCAUAUGCUGGCAGAUUGUGGAUCCCCUGAAGAGGACAGUGGAAGAAUACAGCUUGGAGGCGGAUCCCCAGGGCAGAGACAUUGCAAUCAGGCCAUUCCUGGAGCACUGUGAGAACACCCAUAUGACCAUUUGGCUGGGAAUCGUGUAUGCCUACAAAGGCCUCCUUAUGCUGUUUGGAUGUUUCUUGGCCUGGGAGACAAGGAAUGUAAGCAUCCCUGCAUUAAAUGACAGCAAGUACAUUGGCAUGAGUGUGUACAACGUGGGCAUCAUGUGCAUCAUUGGAGCAGCCGUGUCGUUCCUGACCCGGGAUCAGCCAAAUGUGCAGUUCUGCAUCGUAGCCCUGGUUAUCAUUUUCUGCAGCACCAUCACGCUGAGUCUGGUGUUUGUGCCAAAGCUGAUCACAAUGAGGACAAACCCAGAUGCAGCCACUCAAAACCGACGGCUAAAAUUCACACAGAACCAAAAGAAAGAAGACUCAAAGACGUCAACGUCAGUAACAAGUGUUAAUCAGGCCAACACGUCUCGUCUGGAUGGCCUGCAGGCUGACAACCACCGUCUCAGGAUGAGGAUCACAGAGUUGGACAAGGAGCUAGAGGAGGUGACCAUGCAGCUACAGGACACACCAGAGAAGACUCCCUAUAUAAAGCAGAAUCAUUAUCAGGACGUGAACAACAUCCUGAGCAUACGCAACUUCACAGAUGGGAAAGAUGGUGAAAAAUCUAUUCUGAAAAAUCAUUUGGAACAGAAACCCCAAGCACAGAGGGGAUCCAUGGAUCCUUCUCGAAUAAGCAGAGGCCCACUAGAGGACAUAAACUCACCAGAACACAUACAGCGCAGGCUGUCAUUGCAGCUGCCCAUUCUGCACCAUGCCUACUUACCCUCCAUAGGAGGGGUGGAUGCCAGUUGCAGCCCGAACAGCAGCCCAGCCUCAAGCCCCCGCCACAGACACAUGCCCCCCUCCUACAGGGUCAUGGUCUCUGGCCUGUGAGUCCUACCACAGCCCUGCACUCUGAGGAACAGCUCUCCGUUUUUAUUAAUCCAACUGACUGAUCCACAUCAGCAAUUAACGGAAGUAUGCGAGUGACCCGGAGGGGGUCCGUCCCCAUACAUACACAACCCUCUUCUCAAUGGCGUCUACGUCAGAAGAAAACUAAACCUCCAAACAGUGAGAGGGGGGUGUCCAGUCAUUAUCACACAACCAGAGUGCCCACCAGGAUCUGCAUUGCACCUAAUAUUUGUCACCACUUUUUCAUCAUAAUCAACGAAAGAGAAGCAACAGAGGAUGCCAGCUGUGCUGGGGGUUUGGUCAAAACAUGUCUGAUAUAUACAACCACUGUCAUUUUGUCAACUUGUUAAACUGUAGUAGCGCCAUCCAGAAAUGACCUAGGACUCAUCCUGUUUAACAUGCUAGCAUAAUUAUACUCCAUUCAAGAGGGGAAUUAUUUAUUGGGGGGAUAGGAUUUGGGUAAGACUGGGCACUUCUUAUUAAAGCCCUCUAAAAACUUUAUUAUUACUAUGAGGUGGUGCAUUAGGUGAUUGGUACAAACAUAUAAACACUGAAUAAGGGUAUAACAUUCCAUGGUGUGAAAAAGCGUGAGCUCAUCUCUCAUACCAUCGAUUUACAUUCAAAAUAUGCUAGCUGUAAUAUUAGCUAACCUCAAUGAGUCAAGGUGUUGGUACACUGACAAACAGGUGCCAGGUCUACUGUGUGAAGGAUGCAGGGACCAUGCUAGAAUUUCACAGUAUAGUACAACAAUUGGUGGGGAACAAACUGCAACACUGACUUUUGGCUAAAACAGCCAACAAAUAAGGAAAAGUGAGGUCUCACAAUAUACAUGGUAAAUUAAUAUGGACGCAUUCACAGUCA